AUGCCGUAUGAGAGAAACCAUAAUGGUGAGAAACUCUCUGAGUAUGCUCAAUGUGUUAAAUCUUUUGCAUGUUGUAGUCAUCUUCAAAGGCAUGAAAAAAAUUAUUCUGCAGAGAAGCCAUAUGAUGGUAUUCAAAAUGCUGAAGCCUUUGGAGGUACCAGUUGUCUCCAAAUACUUAAAAGAAGAGCACAAGCUGGAGAGAAAUCAAAUGAAUGUAAUCAAUGUGGUAAAGACUUUUCAUAUGUAAGAAGUCUGCAAGUUCACAACAGAUUACACACUGGAGAGAAAACCUAUGGCUGUAGUCAAUGUGAUAAAGCUUUUUCAAAAUGCUCUGAACCCCAAAUACACAAAAGAACACAUACUAAAGAGAGACCCUAUGAAUGUAAUGAAUGUGAUAAAGUCUUUGCAUGUAAAUGUAGUCUCCAAAUCCAUAAAAGAACACAUACUGGAGAAAAACCCUACAUUUGUAAUCAGUGUGCUAAAACCUUUUCAAUGAACAGUAGUCUUCGAGUACAUCAAAGGACACAUACUGGAGAGAAACCUUAUCAAUGUAACGAAUGUGGUAAAGACUAUUCAAAACUCAGUAUUCUACAAGCACAUAAACGAAUUCAUACAGGAGAGAAACCCUAUAAAUGUGAUCAAUGUGAUAAAGCCUUUUCACAAAUCAGUCAUCUAAUAACACAUAAAAGAAUACAUACUGGAGAAAAAUCCCAUGAGUGUGAUCAAUGUGAUAAAGCUUUUCUAGAGCGCUCUAAACUGCAAAUACACAAAAGAACACAUACUGGAGAGAAACCCUAUGGAUGUAAUCAAUGUGGUAAAGCCUUUUCAUAUACUAAUAGUCUCCAAGUUCACAAAAGAGCACAUACUGGAGAGAAACCCUAUGAAUGUAAUCAAUGUGGUAAAGCCUUUGCACAACUCAGUAGUCUAAAACCACAUAAAAGAACACAUACUGGAGAGAAACCUUAUAAGUGUAAUCAAUGUAGUAAGACCUUUGCAUGUCGUAGAAGUGUACACAUUCAUCAAGGAACGCAUGCUGAAUAG